AUGCUCGGGUACUCGCGUCGUGGCGCGUGUAAGUAGCUUUCUUCAUUCUUCACUGAUAUGAAUAGUUUUUGGCCGGUAGCACUAAAACCUCACAGAAUAAUUUGAGACAUCAUUAGUGAAGCGCUUUAAGGCAUGCUCAAACGGGGAAAUCGGAUGCUGAAACAACAAAAUAAUGCCCGGCAUAUGCGAAUGCCGCUUAUUACUAUAUUUCUCGUUUUAAUUUGUGUCCUAGUUUUGAUUUUGUAUAGAGAAGCUGGAGAAAGAUCUGAUUCAUCAUCUGGUUUAUUGAUACGAAAUUGGAAUAGCUUUAGCUCUUCGGUUAAGUUAGACCCAACUGUGGAGUUCAGAAAUGGAACAGAUUUAAUAUGGCAAAUCCCAGCCUCACCCAAGGCAAUUCUCUUUUUGGCACAUGGUUGUAAUGGUAAAGCAGCUAACUUUUGGGAUAGAUCACCUAAGUGCCCAGAUUGUGCGGGUCUACCUGAAGAAAGGCUAAUCGUCCUUAAUGCCUUAGCUAGGAGAUUUGCAGUUCUUGCAGUAACUAGUGCUGGGAGGUGCUGGUCGUUUGAAGAGGAAAGGUUGAUUGUUAAAGAUAUUAUUGAGAGGUGGAUUGUGAAACAAAAGCUUCAAAGCUUGCCUCUUGUAGCGUUGGGUGCUUCAUCUGGUGGAUAUUUCGUUUCAGCCCUUGCAACGGAUUUAAGAUUUAGUAGCAUCACAAUAAUGAUUGCCGAGGGAUUGUUUGGUCAAAUGGACAUACCGAAGAACUACCCUCCUACCCUUUUCGUGCACAUGCCCAAAGAUGAAAGGAGAAGACGGAGAAUACAGAGAUACUUGACACUCUUGAAGGUAAAAGGCAUUGAUGUUGCUGAGGUCAAAUGCAUGGAGUUUGCAUUGUCACCUAAUCUCUUAGCUGAUAGGAUUCCGGGUCUUGAUCUAACUACCUCUGAGAAGUUGUAUAGUCUGUUCCAGGAAAAGGGUUUCAUUGAUAUGAAAGGUUUCAUGAGAAAUGAUGGGCGUGCUCUACAAUGGAAAGCGGCUGUCAAGGAGAGAGAGAUUAUUCUCCCAGACAAGUCCAUAGCGAAUCGCAUUCAAGAGGAAAUGAAUCUUGCGUUUGCUUAUCAUGAAAUGACCAGCUUGCAGUCUGAACAAAUAUUUAACUGGUUUGAAACUCAUAUGAGCUGAUCAGAAUUCUUAUGCUGUGUAAUUUUCCUCUAGUCAGCAGGGGGAGACUAUCAGUACCCCGGUUUUGGAGCUGACAACAGACCUCAGUACCGUUGUGUUGCUCAUGGUUUUUCAUGAGGUCGAUGUUCAAGUUGGAAUAACUGUGGCCACGUUGUGAUGGAAAAUAUCGUAUCAGCAUUCAAACUUCAUACAUGUGAAAAGGGCUGCCUACUGUUAUUUAUCUGGUUUCCUUUUCUUAUGGGCAGAAAAGAGUGUAUAGUGCAAGACACUUAGACUAGGUCUAUUUGCUUGUCCUUAGAAAUGAAACUUCAAGUGUAGGUUGCUGUAAGUUCUGAUCACCAUUAAAGGAAACACAAGCCUUUCUGUUCUUGAAGAGAUUGGGAAAAUGAAAUCAAAGUAUUUAUCUCUUUUACUUUAA